UCUUUUGUGGUAAAAUAUCAUAUGCCUUGCAUUACUUGGUAUAUUUGUAAGUCUCACAGUUCUACCAACAUAUGACAUGCUUCUAGAACUUGAAAUAGAAGCAGGACUACAAAAAUGUUCCAGUACAUAUGGAUUAGUAUCUGGUAUUUGGGGAUCAAUGUAUGCAUUCGGUGAAUUCGUUGGACCAUCUUUAAGUGGAUUUCUUAUGGACAGUGUUGGCUUCCAGUGGUGUACAAUUUACAUGGCCAUCGGGUGUUUUUCUGCUGUGAGUAUUGGUUUAAUAAUACAGGCAUUUAAUUUCUCAUUUCUUUUUCUUAUUACUAUAACCUGUUGGAUGUGCCACAGAGCAUAGCUGUUCAUAUACAGUCAUCAUACAAUCUGCCUUUCAUUCUGAGGGAGAGGCCCUUUGUUGCCAGCAGAGGUAGGAACUCUCAGCCUAAUCCUAUUGUCACAGAUACACUCUUGGAGCAUCCAUGUCCACUACUAACUUGGUUACCUUGAUAACGGAAGCUAUCUACUACUUCUAGCUUACCCCACUGGCAGUUGAUGGAGUCUAUUUUCUGUACAUUUUGACGUUUAUAGUACCUGUGCAUCAUCCACACACAAUAACUAUUUUCUCUGUUAACCUUCCUCUAAUA